UAUAAUAAUUAAUGAAAACCUGAAAAUCUGCUAGAAGGUUGCAUCUCGUAAUUUCUAAAGUCAUACGAGUUAUAUGUACAAGUGAAUCAGGAACCGUAACGGUGGCAAGAGCUUGCACAACCGUUGGGCAUAUUAACGGCGGCGCACGCGCAUCCAACACAGUGACACGCCAAUCGCCACGCCAAUAUGAUUCGCAACAUUGCUUUGACCCUGGUCGUAGUGGUAGCAAGCCACAUGUGCUUAGCGAACCCCGUACCAGAACCAGACCCUGUUCACAGAACACACGUGAGAAUUCACGUGCCAUAUGAAGUCCAUACCUUACACCAUCACCACGUUGAAACCGUUCCUGUGAUCAAGGAGGUCCCUGUGAUCAAACCAGUGCCUGUUAUCAAAGAGGUCCCUAUCAUCAAAACUUUACCUGUAGUCCAAACUGUUCAUGUACCAGUUCAUCAUACGGUGCAUGUCGAGAAACCAGUAUUUGUGCCGAUAAAAGAGCAUAUCUCGUUCUCUUCUUGGCAUUAAUAGACUGAUAAUAAAACCUCUUUAUUUGUAGAAAUAAUGGGAAUUUAUUAUAAUUGUUUUAUCAAAAUAUUGCACUGUUUUUGUUCAAGUCGAUUGAUGUAAUUGUUAUUCGAAUGUAUACCUCUUUUAACUAGUGUUACACUUCAUAAUGCUUUAAACAGUUUACAAUUAAAGUCUGAUUUUUAUCUUAGAAAUUGUACUACG